CUGAAACAAAUUAACACAAACAGCACAGCUUCCAACCAUAUUGACGCAUCAUAUCGAAAGCUCGAUGAACUUUUUCAAAGCUCGACAAAAACAGAGUAUAAUUUCCACAAGCACAAAAGCGGAGCUUAACAAGCUUAAAGCCAACAAAAGCUUAAGGUCUCACUUAGUAUUUUGCAUUAGAUUUGUUGGAUGUCAGCAUUUGAGGGCAUACGCUUACUGACAGCUAAAAUCAUUUUUAUUUACCUGACUGGCCUCACUGAAUGACGUCCCCGUUUAAUUGUUCGCCUUAGUUUUAGUUUAUUCGAAAUCAAUAUUCGCGAAAUACCUGUACAAUGAGUGUCAAAAAGUGCACCGUAAAGGGAUGUGAACGAGGGGAUAUUGUGGCAUUACAGCGGCAAAUUCAAGUAAUAUCAUUGCCAAAAUCAAAGAAUCCACAUCAACCAUCGCAUACGGAGACAAUCAUGUUUCACUACUUCUGUCAGGCUCAUUUUGAUCGCAAUGAGCUACGCAAAAAGAAUGUUAGACUGUUACCAGCGACAGCUUUAACCAGCGAUAAUGACCCUAAUUCUACCGUAGGAACAGAGGCCACCCAAUCAAGACUGAAUGAAUUGUUACUGAAUAGUAUGGAUGGUAAUCCUGCAUACUCGAACCGGAAACGAAAGGCUGGUGAUUCAGAGAAUCAUGUUAAUCAAGUGAAACCAGCAAGAUUGAUUAACAAUGGGAAGUUGCACACACUGAAUGGAGCACUUACAGCGAAAGACAUUACGAAUAACAAAGUUCGGAAGAUCAAUUCUGAAAACUGUGAACCCUCAACGACUACAGCUGAAGAUAAUGACUGUAUCAUUACCGAAGAGCCAUCACCAACCGUCAUUGAUCUAUCGGAUGAUGAUGCUGACGAAUCGAAUAAAAUGAUUGAGUUGAUUUUGUGCGACGAAACAGAGCUCGAGUGUACGGACACGACUAAGGAAUAUUUGGUUGAAAUAUCCAAUGAUUGCGAGGAUCAGGAUGAUGUUGAACCACUUGACAUUAGUUUUGUAUCGUUCAACGACCUGCCGAGUGAGUCAAUAGAUUUCAUAGACAUGGAAAACGAAGACAUAGUCGAGUGCGAAGAUGACGAGACGAAGCAGUCAUCAGACUCAACACCAACUGCACAGAAACGCUGUGGAAAUGUUUGGAGCGCAGAUGACAAGUCAAUUGAUUUGACGGACGAACCAACAGUUGACGAGGAGGAAACGAAUGUUGAUAUCGAGGGGUUUCGCAGUGCUGUUAUUAGAGAAAUCAGACGAAGAUUAAACAAAAGGUUUCCUGGAGUCAUACAGACAGUUUCAUGGAAUGAAACCUCGCAACAAUUCGAGGUUAGCUUAUCGAAGACAGCAAAGUUCAAGGCGGACGACGGAUUUCAAAACUUUUUACGCGAAGUCGUGAAUCAGGCUAUUCAGUGCAACGAUCGUGCUAGUAAAGCGAAAGCAGCGGCUCGAACCGGUAAGCGGAAAGCAAAUGGUCAGGUCAACAAAAAUGUUAUUCUAAACAAGGAGUACUCCGGAAAGAGUCAGCAAGAAAUUCUGAAGCAUUCGCAAAAUUCAACGAGUGCGAACACACCACCUUCGACCAGCGUAACUGAUCGAAGCACCAAGACAUACAAUCUGGACCAAAUUAUGAAAAAAACAGAGUCGUACCUAGGUCUCAGAGCGGAAACACUUCGACAAAUCGAGAAUCUUUUGCCAGAACGUUUGCGACAUCGCUCAAUGCUCAUUCUACUUCUACGAAAACUCAAAUUGAACGAACCAUUUUUCAUGCUAUCCGAUGUGCUGUGUUUGGACAAUGAGCAUUGUGUCAGAAUUUUCAACGAAUUUCUACCGCUACUUUCACGUACUCUCAAAGGACUUAUUCAAUGGCCAACGAACAGACGCGAACCACUGGCUAUUGUGGAUGUAUUGGAAAUUGAAGUCGAAAAACCAAAGUCGUUGGUUAAGCAAAAUCUAACAUUUUGUAGUCGUCGACAGCGACACAUUACCAAAUUCUUCAUCUGCGUCACACCGACCGGUUACAUCACCUACAUAUCUCCGCCUUUUCAAAUCAUCCGAGCGAACACAUUUAUGGUCGGCCUUCGAACGAUACCGCUUUGUUCAUCAGUACUUGCAAAUCCGGACUUACUUGCAUCGGUCACGUUAAGUAAGAAGUCACGAAUCACCUCCUUGGGCGAUUUUAAUCAUCAUCAGACAGAAAGAAAGAUUUUCCAACGAGUAUGUGAUCGUCUCCGUCGUUUCGCUUUAAUCAGCGGGGUCUCACAUCUAAAGAAUGAAAUUCUGUUGCAUCAUGCACUGUCAGUGGUCGCAUGUUUAUGUAAUUUAGAACUGGAGCAAUAAAACUGAACUAAAUGAGAA